AUGGGUUUCUAUAACAAACUAUCUACAAAUACUCAUCUUCAUUCUUCAAUCUGCUUCUUCUUUGAAUUCAUUACAUUAUUGUUAGUUCUUCCUGCUCCUACAAAUUCAAUCUCCUUUAACUUCCCAAAUUUCACAUCAAAUGAUCCUCGAAUAAAUUUACAAGGAGACUCCGUCAGGAACGGUAGCUUCAUUGAAGUCACCAGGAACAACGCCACUUUUUCUGCUAAUGCAACUCUUAGUAGUAGUGUAGGCCGUGCCAUUUUCUCGGAUCCUAUACAACUUUGGAAUGCAACCACUGGAUGGAAGACAGACUUUGAUACGCACUUCUCAUUCAUCAUUGAUGGAUUUAAUAUGAAAUCUGCUGGGGACGGUUUCGCUUUUUUUCUUGCACCAUUCGGGUCUGAAAUUCCUCCAAAUUCUUCGGGUGGAGAUCUGGGCUUAUUGACUUCGAACAUAUCUAAACAGAAUUUGGCGACAAAUCAAAUUGUUGCGGUUGAGUUUGACAGUUUUGAAAACAGUUUCGAUCCAAGUUCAGACCAUGUUGGUAUCAACGUUAACUCGGUAGUAUCAGAGGCUACUGUGUCAAUGGAACAAGGUAGUAUAAGGGAUGGAAGAAAAGCUAAUGCUUGGGUAACUUAUAAUUCUAAUACUAAAAACUUGAGUGUUUUUCUAACUUAUUCUGAGAACCCUGUUUUCAAUGGGAGUCCUACUUUGAAUCAUGUUGUUGAUCUAAGCAAUAUUCUACCAGAGCGGAUUACUGUUGGAUUUUCAGCGGCCACUGGCAGGAGAACUGAAAUUCAUCGACUCCUUUCCUGGCAAUUCAAUUCCACUUCAGAACUAAUUGAUAAGAAAACUGGUGAAGGACGAACUGAUGGUAAAGGACGAAUUGAUGGUAAAGGGAAAGGUAUUGCAACUGAAUUGGCGGUUGGUCUUGGUGUUAUCCUGGGUGUUUCAGCAUGUGGGCUUGGUUUUGCUUUGUUCAUCUGCUGGAAGAAAUGGCGUAACUCAAGGAGAGUUACGGGUGAUACUAGAAAUAAUGCCGACUUUUCAAUGGACUACGCAGGAACCGGACCAAAAAGGUUCUCAUACAGUGAACUGGUUUAUGCAACAUAUAACUUCGAUGAGGGAGGAAAACUGGGAGAGGGUGGAUUCGGAGGAGUGUACAAAGGGUUCCUGAGAGAUCUAAACUUAAAUGUAGCUGUUAAAAGGGUCUCACAAGGUUCGAGACAAGGAAAAAAAGAAUACCAGUCGGAAGUGAAGAUUAUUAGCCAAUUACGACAUAGAAAUCUGGUUCAGCUCAUAGGUUGGUGCCACGAAAAAAAUGAGUUACUUCUUGUGUACGAAUUCAUGCCAAACCGUAGCCUCGAUAAACAUUUAUUUCGUGGGGUAAACAUUCUUAACUGGGAAACCAGGUACAGAAUAGCUCUUGGUUUAGCUUCUGCAUUGUCAUAUCUACAUGAAGAUUGGGAACAAUGUGUACUUCACAGAGAUAUUAAAACAAGUAACGUAAUGCUAGAUUCGGAAUUUAACGCCAAACUCGGGGACUUCGGUUUAGCAAGGCUUGUUGAUCACGGGAAAGGAUCAAAAACAACUGCUGUAGCAGGAACAAGGGGAUACUUAGCACCUGAAUGUUUUAAGACACGUAAAUCAAGUAAGGAAUCCGAUGUGUAUAGUUUUGGUAUCGUUGCACUUGAGAUUGCUUGUGGGAGAAGGCCGGUUGAAGCAACAACGCGGGUCUCACUAGUAGAGUGGGUUUGGGGUCUUUACGGAGGUGGAAAGCUCUUGGAAGCAGCUGAUGAAAGAUUAAGUACGGAGUUCAAUGAGUUAGAAAUGGAACAGUUAAUGGUUGUAGGAUUGUGGUGUGCUCAUCCCAAUUCUGAACUAAGGCCUUUGGCAACUCAAGUGAUUCGUGUUCUUAAAUUUGAAUCUCCACUGCCUAAACUUCCACUUGAAUUACCAAAUCCGGUAUAUCAUCAAGCAAAAGCUUCCGCGCCUUACUUCCCAUCAUUAACUGGUCUUACCAAUACACUCACGGGGAGAUAG